AGAUGCCAUAGAUUUCACCAAUAAGACAUCAAGAGAAACCACCCAAGCUGCAAGACUAACAAAACAAGAUACCACACGAAAUCUGAACAUUGCGGCAAUAGAAGAGACAGAUGAUGAAUCUCAACAUAUCCAUCUAAAAGUCACUGGACCAACAAGUUGUGCUAAAAUUCCACACCACAAUGAUGAAAUUCGAUGCUAUGAUGAAGACAGAAUGGAUGGUAAAGCUAGGGAAAAGCAAGAGCAAAGAAUAAACAAAUUAACAAGAGUGGCAACAAGAAAGACAAAGACUAUGAACCAGGAAAGAGUUGUAAAUCCAAAAGAGUACCGGAAUGUGCAACCGCAAUAA